GGCACGCCAACUGAGCAAGCUUCAUGAGGGCAGCUUGCGCACCAUUGCUGAGCUCCGCGUCUGCUAGCUUCUCGAGCAAGCCGCCAGAUUCGAGAAAUGAGGACAGGCAAUCUGUCACUGCAGCGGCAUCGAUCACUGCAGGCUCGGUCGCGAUCUUGACCAGGUAUGUGUUGAUGCAGGUCAGUGACACAGCCGCAAGAGGUGCGUGUGAGCUCUGCAAGCAGCUCGAGAGUUCGUGUGAUAGCCGUUGGAUCAUUUGUGCCUCCCUGGCGCUGUCUGACCAUUCCUGCAGCUCUAGCUCCAAAGCUUGCACUGCAUCCGUCUCGGCUAUCGGGUCAGAAGUGCCUUCGAGCUUGUCAAGCGCUUCGUCGAGCGUCAUCCGGCUCACACGCCGCUGGCCAAAGUCGCGAGAUGUCAAUUCGAAAUGUCAAAAUUUUGCGCUCCUCGACAAGUCGAGUCACCGAUCGACAUGUACCGGAUUGCGAGCUCAGCCAGGGUCAAUAGCCUCAAGAGCAAAGACCAAUUCCGAUGCAUCUGUAAGGCUAGAUCGAGCUUCUCCACGACGGCACAGAGCCAUGCGCCAUCGGCCAACUCGCAAUACCUCAAAGUGACACACUCGGACGAGACUGCACCGACAGACACGUUGCAAUCGCUCGCCCGACAUGCUCGUUAUACCCUCAAUACCUAUGUACGACCGCCGAUCAUGUUCGAAUCGGGCAAAGGCAUGUACCUCCACGAUACGCAAGGAAGGGAAUACUUGGACAUGUCGGCCGGCAUAGCCGUCAACGCACUCGGUCACUCUGACGAAGGUGUGGCAGAGGCGAUGAGCAAGCAAGCGCGUCGCCUCGUCCACGUCUCCAAUCUGUAUCAUAACGAAUGGGCGGGCGAGCUCGCCCAGCUCCUCGUAGAGAGCACGAUCGCCUCUGGCGGUCUCGGUACAUCUUCGGAUACGUUCCAGUCUCGUGCAGAUAAGGACACCACGUCUGGCCUCAAGGUUUUCUUUGCCAACAGCGGUACAGAGGCGAACGAAGGUGCACUCAAAUUUGUGCGCAAGUACGGCAAGCUCACCGCCGAACAACAUCCCAAACUACACGGCAAGGUCAGCCCGCACGACAAGGUCGAAGUCGUCGCUUUCAGGGAUGGGUUCCACGGCCGAUCGAUGGGCGCGCUGUCCGUCACUUUACAAGAAAAAUACCAAGCGCCCUUUGCGCCCCUGAUCCCCGAGAUCAUGCCUGGACAGCUCAACGACAUCGAAUCGAUCAACAAGGUCGUCACCGAAAAGACCUGCGGCGUCAUCGUUGAGCCCAUCCAGGGCGAGGGUGGCAUCCUAGAAGCGACCGAAGAGUUCAUGCGUGCUCUCAGGAAGCGAUGUGACGAAGUGGGAGCUGCACUCAUCUUUGACGAGAUACAGUGCGGACUGGGCAGGACUGGCAAGCUAUGGGCGCACUGUGAAUUUCCGGCAGAUUGCCACCCAGACAUUGUGACAAUGGCCAAACCGCUCGCCAAUGGCAUGCCCAUCGGCGCCAUCCUCAUGACCGACAAGAUUGCAGACAUUGUCAAGAUUGGCGAUCACGGUACUACCUUUGGCGGUGGACCUCUGCAGACUUGCGUUGGCCAUCAUGUCGUCUCGCGCAUCACGAAACCAGAGUUCCUCGAUCAUGUCAAGACAGUCGGCGCACAGCUCAAGCAGCGUUUGUCAGCGCUGCCAGAACUCUUCCCCAAGCUCGUAACAGGCGACAUCCGAGGACGAGGUCUGAUCCUGGGCGUGCCCUUUGCGAGCGACGGCCUGCCGCCCAAAGUCGCCAAGAUGUGCAGAGAGCGCGGCGUCAUCGUGCUCACGUGUGGCAAAGCCACGCUUCGAUUCGUACCGAGUCUCAUCAUCGAGAAAGCUCAGAUCGAUCAUGCUUGCGAUGUGCUCGAAUCGGUCUUGACAGUCAUCCAGCAAGAAGCUCACUAGAUCCGCCAUGCUUGUAUGUAAAUCCUGACGUGCAAUGCAAUCGACCCAGCCACUAUGGUCUUCUGAAGCCGAAUGAGCAUAGAUUGACAGGCGGAGUAAC